UGGAGGAGCCGAGGCCGCCUUUCUGCCUUGGCGGCCGGCUUUGGGGGCAGCGCCGGGGUGUCGCGGUGGGUAAUCCAGGCGAGGGCCCGCGAGGCUGCCAGGGAUGGAAGAGGGCCGUGCAGAGAGGCGACGGAGGACGGAAGCGCCUCCGUGCGCGCAGGGCAGCGCGAGGAGAGCGGGCGCCAUGACCGAUGUCCACCGACGCUUCCUCCAGCUGCUGAUGACUCACGGGGUGCUGGAGGAGUGGGGUGUGCGGCGCCUGCAGAAGCACUGCUACAGGGUCCAUGACCGCACUGCUGCCGUUGAGGAGCUGGAGGACUUCAUCAACAACAUUAACAGUGUCUUGGAGUCCUUGUAUAUUGAGAUUAAGAAAGGGGCCACCGAAGACGACGGGAGACCCGUUUACGCGCUGGUGAAUCUUGCAACGACUUCCAUUUCCAAAAUGGCGUCAGAUUUUGCGGAGAAUGAGCUGGAUCUGUUCAGAAAGGCUUUGGAACUGAUUAUUGAUUCAGAAACCGGCUUUGCAUCUUCCACAAAUAUUUUGAACCUGGUCGAUCAGCUUAAAGGCAAGAAGAUGAGGAAGAAGGAAGCAGAGCAGGUGCUGCAGAAGUUUGUGCAGAACAAGUGGCUGAUCGAGAAAGAGGGGGAGUUCACCCUGCACAGCCGGGCCAUCCUGGAGAUGGAGCAGUACAUCCGGGAGACAUACCCCGACGCUGUGAAGAUCUGCAACAUCUGCCACAGCCUCCUCAUCCAGGGCCAGAGCUGCGAGACCUGCGGCAUCAGGAUGCAUUUGCCUUGCGUGGCCAAGUACUUCCGGUCCAAUCCGGAGCCGCGCUGCCCCCACUGUAACGACUACUGGCCCCACGAGAUACCAGAAGUCUUCAACCCGGACAAGGAGCGGGAGGCCAGCACCUCCAAGCCGAACAAAAAGCCCUUGCGGUCCAGGCAGCACUAGCUGGCGCGCUGCCUUCCGGGGCCCGCGGAUGCGUCCCGUCUGGGAGAGAGGCGUCGGCAUCUCGCGUGGCACCCUCCUCCCCUUUCUGCUUUGUGCUCGCUCGUUAGCAGGUUUGGAAUAAAAGUUGCUAAUGAGUCGUG